UUGGCUCCCAGCCCAGCCACCAACUACAAAGGAGCAGGAACAGCAAAAGGGCCUGAGCACACGUGAACAUUUCUGUUUGUCUGAGAGUACUGGAUGUCCUUGUGUUACUAAUUGUCCAGGAAAGAGAAAUCUCACCAUCAUACUUGGACAGGAAGGACUGGGAGAACGCUGACAUCCAGGAUUCUACGAAGGUCGUGAUGCAAGAAGGAUCCACAGAAGAGCUCCACAGCAGCCGACCAUGUGAGAGCAACCUAAAUGAGCAUGCUGGACUACUGGUUAACAAAAGCAGAAAAACAAUGGUGACAGGAGGUGGAGGCUACCUGGGAUACAAUCUGGGAUGUGCUCUUGUUAGGUCAGGAAUUGCUGUUGUUCUGUUUGACAUACGGAAACCUAAAUGGGAAAUCCCAAAGGGAGCAGAUUUUUUCAAGGGUGAUGUGAGGGAUUAUGAUGCAGUGUUCACAGCAUGUGAAGGGGUUGACUGUGUUUUUCAUGUGGCUGCAUGUGGAAUGUCAGGAUUAGAACAACUUCAAAAGAAAGAUCAGAUUGAAUCCAUAAAUGUGGGAGGCACAAAAAUAAUAAUCAAUGUCUGCAAACAGAGAAAUAUCCCUAGACUGAUAUAUACCAGUACAGUGAACGUGGUAUUUGGAGGGAAUCCUAUUGAAGAAGGAGAUGAAGAAACUGUGCCAUAUUUUCCACUGGAAAAGCAAUUUAAUCAUUAUUCUAGAACAAAGGCAAUUGCAGACCAAAUGGUUCUUGCUGCUAAUGGAACUUUACUCAAAGGAGGGGAUAAGCUCCAUACUUGUGUGCUUCGUCCACCAGGCAUAUAUGGACCAGACGAGCAGCGCCAUCUGCCGCGAGUAGCCGUAAAUAUCCAGCGGAGACUAUUUAAUUUCAAGUUUGGGAAUCACAAAGUUCAGAUGAACUGGGUUCACAUAGGAAAUCUAGUACAAGCUCACUUACUAGCUGCUGAGGCUCUCACCUCUGAGAAGGGAUAUAUAGCUAGUGGCCAGGCAUAUUACAUACAUGAUGGUGAAAAUGUGAUAUUUUCUGAAUGGAUAGUCCCUUUAUUUGAAAAAUUAGGCUACAGGAAACCCUGGAUACAUAUUCCCGUUCUCCUCGUUCAUAUAGCAGCCACUGUGAUGGAGUAUCUGCAUGUGAUACUAAAGCCUGUUUUUAGCUUUACACCUUUCUUGACAAGGAAUGAGGUGUGGAAUGUUACUGUAACUCAUACUUUCCGAAUAGACAAGGCACGAAAUCAGCUUGGCUACAAACCAAAGCAAUUCUCAUUUGCUGAUUCUGUGGAUCAUUAUAUUAAAACAAGACCUACUUGCCAGGAAGAUCACAUGUGCCUUAAAAUGCUGUUUGCUUUUGGCAUUUUGUUAAGUUUGAUCAUUCUUUCUUUCUUCUAAAAUCAAAAAACCAGUUCCAAAAAAACCUAUUUUUGUUUCUGAUUAUUAAUGAUCUGGUCAUAGUAUAUUCCUCAAUUGUUAUGGCCUUUAUUGUUCUUAAGAUGCCAUCUCUCUGACCUCAUUAAAACCAAACCAGCCCCACAAAAGUGAAAACACAGGACCCAUCAGGAACUGUUCCCAAAGAACAACAGUGUCACAAAAUGCAAGGAGUUCACCACUAAUGGGUGCAGGAAUUGUUUUAAUAGAUUUUCAUUUAUUGAUUGCUUUAUGCUGAGAAUGAUUCUUCUGAAAAUGAUAAUUCUGGAGGGUAAGAAACUGGAAGAAGAGGAACCAUUGUGGGACUGCAGUGCUGGAACAAGUCCAGUAGCUCCAAGAAGAGAAGGUUGACUAAACUCCUCUAACAAAGUCGCUGCUACAGCUACUGUGUUAGUAUGAGGAAUUAUGAAGACCUGGGUAAUAGUACGAACAAUAUGAGAAGUAAAGAUUUAUAAAUGACAGGUGGUGAGCGGAUGAAAGUCAUAUUCAUGUAAAAUAGUUUUAUUGUUCAAAAGCUUUGUAAAAAUGUAAUAAAUUAUAUAUGUUUGUAAAUCAAGUAAUACCCUUUCAGUGCAAUAAUAAAUAAUCACUGAACCAAAUACUUGUUUUAAGGAGUCUGUGGGAAGGGGGAGGAAGGAGGGCACAUAAGAGCUUGGAGUCCAGCACACUGUCACUGCUACCUUGCCAUGUAAAUGAAGUCAGGUCUGACUAUCCAUAACCCUGCACCAGUGCUAGCACACUGUUUGAUCAAGAAAUUGCCACUUCAGGAUGAGCAGGCAAGCCAAGCACUAAGACAUGAGUGAGGAUCCAGCCUCUCUCUUUUCCCCUUUCUUAAGACUUAGGUUAGUUACUACUUGGGUGGAUUGUCUUACAUGAGCUACCUGUGCACCCCAUGUACAUAUACUGUGUGUAGCCCAGAUGGAUUUCCAUAAGGUUACCUGUCACAAGGAGUUUCUCAGGGACCAGCUUUGCUCUCACCCAGGAGCAGCUGUUCCCUGUCUUGCACCCCAAAGGGAUCAGGAGGGGGGGACUUGCUGGGGUGGGUCACAGAAGAGAGCAAUGAAAAAGCUCUGCCAUCUGGUAAUCUC